AUGAGGACUCCGAUAUACAAGCUUUGGUGUUUGGCGGCACUUACCACCGGCGCAUGCGGUCUUGAUUGUUCAACCGUUGGAUAUGACUAUAUCGUAGUUGGUGGCGGCACGGCAGGGGCAGCCAUCGCCACCCUUCUGAGCCAGGGCCUACCAAAGCACAGCAUCCUCCUAAUAGAGGCAGGGCCCUCGGCUCUCUCAGACGACAAGAUUAACAUCCCCGGUCUCAAGGGUUCAACCCUAGCCGGCCGCUACGAUUGGAACUUCACCACCACCGCCCAAGCGGGGGCCAACGACCGCGUCAUCAGUGUCAACCGGGGCAAGGUCCUCGGAGGCAGCUCAGCGCUGAACCUGAUGACGUGGGACCGGGCCAGCGCGCCCGAGUAUGAUGCCUGGGAGACCUUGGGCAACCCAGGCUGGAACUGGGAGAGCAUGAUCGCGGCCAUGCAGAAGGCGGAGACCUUUACCAUGCUUAACGCCGACGACUACGACACCGAGGGCGUGGGGUUCUCGGGGCCGGUCAAUAGUGUGGUGAAUCGGGAGAUUCCUGAGCAUCAGAAAUUUUGGGUUCCUGCUGUGGAGAACUUCACAGAUGGCCAGGUGGAACAUAACCUUAACUCGCUAGGUGGGAAUCCCCUGGGCGUCAUGAACCAGCCCAGCAAUAUCGAUGCCAAGUCCUGGGUUCGCUCGUAUAGUGCCAAUGCCUAUUUGCCCGGAGCUGGGUCGAACUUGGUUGUGUUGACAGACACUCGGGUAGCCAAGGUCAACAUGGACAAUGGCAGUCCCAAGACCAUCACUGGCGUAACACUACAGAACGGCACCGUCUUCUCGGCCUGCAAAGAAGUUAUCCUCAGCGCCGGCUCGAUCCAGUCUCCCGGCCUCCUGGAACUCUCCGGCAUCGGUAACUCCUCCCUCCUAACCGCCGCGGGUAUAAAUCCUAUCAUUGACCUCCCCGGCGUCGGCGAGAACCUACAAGACCACGUCCGGUUCCAGGCCUCAUUCCAGCUCAAACCCGAAUACCGCUCCUUUGAUAUUCUCCGCUACAACACCACCUUCGCCGCCGAGCAAAUGGCCCUCAGCAAGUCGGGGCAGCCCUCGCUCUACGACUACACGGGAAGCGGCUACACCUUUAUGAACUGGAGGCAAGCCAUCGGUGACGAAGGGUGGACCAACAUGCAGAACUUCGCCGCGCAGGCCCUUGCCAACGAGUCCUCUGGCGCACAGGCAGCCAAGUUGGCCUAUCUGUCCGUUCCGGCCGUCCCGCAGCUCGAAAGUAUCUUCUCGGACGGGUACACGGGAGUGAAAGGCUACCCAGCCCCCACCUCUCCCCUUUACGGGCAAGGGUUCUUCACCCUGAUCAGCGUUGUAAUGCAGCCGCUUAGUCGGGGUGACGUCCACAUCACUUCGAGCAACGUGUCCUCUCAGCCUCUGAUCAAUCCCAACUACCUCUCCAACGAGCACGACCUGCAAGCCGCUGUCCACGCCGCCCAGAUGUCACGCCAGCUGGCGAGCGCGGAGCCGUUGAGGUCGGCGUGGGUGGCUGAGUACGAGCCAGGCAGUGAAGUGCAGACGGACGAGCAGUGGAGGGAUUACGUAAAGAAUUCGGUCUUGUCGAUUUUCCAUCCUGUGGGAACUUGUGCCAUGUUGCCGGAGGCGUAUGGGGGUGUGGUGGAUCCGAAGCUGAAGGUGUAUGGUACGAAUAAUCUAAGGGUCGUGGAUGCGAGCAUUAUGCCUGUGUUACUGUCGGCGCAUAUCCAGACGGCGGUAUACGGCAUUGCCGAGAGGGCUGCAGAGUUUAUUAUUGCGGAUGCUUCUUAA